AUCGUUUGCACUACUGCAGGCUCCACGUUCGGUCUCCUCCCCCGGGUUUUAGGUUGAGCCGGGGCAGUUGCAACAAUUUCAUUUUCUCCCGUCGUCCGAUCGCACUUUUCUGGAUUUCUAACUUUCCAACGGCCAAACCCCAAAUUACCUCCUCGCCUGGGGUGGAUCUGUUCCGGGGUCCCGGUGGCGAAUUAACAACCGGCGUGUGGGAUCACCUCAGUACUGGAAUCUUAUUUAAACCGAUGAUCCCCUUGCCGGAUACUCGUAAUAUUAAUCCCAGUCCUCCAGGAGUUGGUGACUGAAUUGCCUUCAUCAUCGGCUACGAGUUUCCGCUCCAUCAGUCUGUCGGUCGAGUUCGCCAUGGGCUACACAACCAUCUGGCGGAGCCUCUCGCCCCGCCAGCUCAACUUUGCUAUCCAGCUCUUCUCCCUCAUCUGCAUCUUCUUCGAGGGCUAUGACCAGGGCGUCAUGGGCGGCGUCAACGCCGCGCCCUACUACGUGACCGAGGUCGGGAUCGGUGAGCCCGAUGGCACCGUCACCGAUACGACGCACCAGGGGGGCAUCGUGAGUAUCUAUUAUCUCGGCUGCAUCUUUGGGUGCUUUGCCGGUGGGUGGCUUGCCGACCGCAUCGGCCGGAUCAAUGGCUUGUUUAUCGGGUCGAUCUUUGCUGCCGUGGGUGGUGCCCUGCAGGCGGCGAUUCAGAGCUCGGAUUUCAUGCUGGUUGCUAGAGUCAUAACGGGCAUUGGGACUGGAGCACUGACGGGUAUCACCCCCGUCCUGGUCUCGGAGACGUCCUCUGCCCAGCACCGCGGUGGAUUCCUGGGUUAUGUCUUCAUCGCCAACUACCUCGGAAUCUCGGUAGCCUACUGGCUCUCCUUCGGCCUCGCCUUCAUCAACAACGGCUACUCGGACAUCCGCUGGCGCUUCCUCCUUGCAUUCCAAUGCGUCCCCGCCAUCCUGCUGGUCCUGUUCAUCAAGAUGCUGCCAGACAGCCCUCGCUACUACGCCUCGGUCGGCCGCAACGAAGAGGCGCGAGACCUGUUGACGAGGAUCCGAGAGCACAAGGCCACGCCCGAGGAGAUUGAGCGCGAGUACCUGGAGAUCGUCGCCAUGGCGCAGGAUAGCCAGCCGAGCUCGCCGAUUCAGUUUGGCAAGAUCCUGGUUGGAAGGGGAGGGCGGCCCGGUGCCAAUUUGGGUCGGAGGGCGUGGUUGUGUGUUUGGUUGCAGAUUAUGGGCUCGUGGACUGGGAUUACGGCCGUCACGGCAUACUCGCCUGUCCUCCUCAGCCAAGCUGGGUACAGCGAUCUCACGCAGAAUGGUCUGGCGGGCGGACUGAACACGAUCGGAAUCAUCGGUACGAUUAUCAGCGCGCAGAUUGUCGACCGGAUCGGACGGAGAAUGUGUUUGAUGCUGGGUGCGCUUAGUCUGUUCAUUGUCGAGGUCGUGGUAAGUUUCACCUAUCCCAUCUCUCGACCAUCGCUGACAGUUGUAGGCCGGCUCCGUCUACGAAGCCUCCCUGCAAAACCCGGACAAAGCCUCGCAGUACGCGCCCGCCGCCGUCGCAAUGCUCUUCCUCUUCAACCUCGCCUACGCCUCGACCUGGGGAACAGUCGCCUUCCUCAUACCGACGGAGAUCUUCCCCUCGGACCUGCGCGCGCAGGGUAACGGCUUCGGAAUCACGGGCUGGGCGAUCGGCGUCGGGAUGACGACGCUGGUCAACCCGAUCAUGUUCGAUAGCCUGAAGUCCCGGAGUUAUUUCCUGCUCGCGGGGCUGAAUCUGCUCUGGAUCCCGAUUGUGUAUUUGUUUUACCCGGAGACGUGCAAUCGGUCGCUCGAGUCGAUUGAUGCGUUGUUUUCGACGCCGAGUCCGUUCUUCUGGGAGAUGGAGCGUGCGUAUAAGCUGCAUAGUGAUGUGCUGGCGGAGAGGGGAAUUGAGGUUUCGGCUGGCAAGGUCGAGGAGGAGAGGAGUGAGAAGCCCGCUGAAUCGAGGGUGUAAACGCGUGGGGCAGGUUGUUAGGCUGGUGGGUUUAUGACGAUGAGAGGAAUUAUAUGUAGCAACAUAGCCAUAUGCUCGUCCUCAAUAUUAGUCUCUGAUGAGAAUCAAUCCAAUCAAUUCUUCGCAGCUCGCAGCCGCAGCCCGCAGCCCUGAAGCCGAACCCCUUCGGCGUCCCACUGUAAACCCCAAGGGCCUUGGCUCAUUGUCUCAGGGCUGAGGCUUGACCAAAUGCAUGGCGGAAGUCCGCUAGCUCAAUCUAAUACAGGGUCGGUCUGUUGUUGCGCUGGGUCCAGACUCCGGGCUCCAAGUUUAAGGCUGCGCCCCCG